AGAAGAAUUAGAUGCAGUAUUAAUGGGACAAAUAUUGGCGUUCCAAUGUGAUGGAAAUAUAAAAAAGGAUGGGCAUCGUUCACGCGAUUUCUUUAGAUACUGUUUUAAUGGACAAAUUGCUCUCUGUAUGACAGUCUAUCUAAAACUGGUAGGGGUUGGUAGAAAUAAACUUGAUGCGAUUAAGCGACAACUAGAGGAAUAUGGACCAACAAUGAGAGUACAUGGUAACAUUAAACGCCCGCCUCAGCGAUCGAGUAAAGUAACCAUUACUCACGAUAAUGCCAAAGAAGUUUCAUCUUUUAUCCUUAAUUAUGCUGAGAUCAAUGGGCUUCCAAGACCCGGUAGCCAUCUAGAAAAGGAUGAUCAGGCAUUGAUUUACUUACCUACAGAUGAAAACUAUACUUCCGUUUUCCAUAAAUACGAACAAGCUAUGAAAUCAAUGAACAAAAAUAAUGAUCAAAUCAGUCGGUCCUCCUUUGUUCGUUUGUGGAAAUCGCUCACCCCUCAUAUCAAGUUUAUGACUCCCAAGUCAGAUUUAUGCAAUGUUUGCGAAACAUUAAGAUGGAAAAUUGGUCAUACCAAUAGGUCUGAAGAUAAAGAAGAGUUACUAGUUGAAUAUGCUAGUCAUACAAGAAUCGCUAAACUCGAACACGCGAAUAUUACAACGAUAACAUUAAAAAAGCAAAAGAAAACGCUUCCCAUACUAAUAUUAAUAUUCAUUCACCACUUGCUAAUAAAGAAAGACCUACCCCAAAUACUGUUGAUGAGUGUUCCAGUACCGUAUUCUCCGCAACAAAUCGGUCCUUUGUACUUUAAGAGUGUGCGCUCAGUCAGUAUCUUCGGAAUUAAUGACACUGGUAAUCAGCCUCAAUCUCACCAAACAAAUUACCUUGUAGAUGAAGGAGAGUUCCCUGUGGGAGUAGCAAAGGGUGCGAAUACAACUCUAAGUUUGGCCUAUGACACACUUAUUGGACGUAACAGAG